UUCCUGCACGCGGACUUGGCGCGCUUGACGCAUGCGCGCUCGUUCAAUCCCCGGUGGGAAGAUGGAGACGCAGGCUGGCUUGGCAGCUCGAUGGAUUGCCGUUUUUACGUCAAUGUAGGAUGUCCAGGCUCGCAGACUACUUUGUGGUAGUCGGAUUCGACCAUGAGAAAGAGCGGAGUGGGCUGAGCUGUGGGCGCAUCGAGCAGCGCUUCCCGGAGCAGGACUGGGAGGACACGCCGUUCAUCGAGGGCAUAGAGUCCUUCUGCCAGCCCCAGGGCUGGGCCCUGGUGACGGCCCGGCGCCAGCCCAGCUUCUUUGUGGCGGUGCUCACGGACAUCGACGCCCAGCGCCACUACUGUGCCUGCCUGGCCUUCAACGAGCCCGUGGCCCUGACCCCGGCCCUGAGCCGGCCGGACGAGGAGGACGAGGAGGAGGAGGAGGGGGCCCUGCUGGUGCAGCACCACUCCCUCAUGUACGCCCCCAAGUGCCUGGUGCUCGUCUCGCGGCUGGACUGCGUGCCGGCCUUCCGGAACUGCCUGGGCAUCAUCUACACAGUGUACAUAGACAAUCUGCCUGUCCAGAUUGAAACCCUGGUGGGCAACGUGUUGGGAUGUGUACAGGUUCCGGCUGCCGGGGGGCCUCAGGUGCGCUUCUCCAUCGGUGCCGGGGACAGGCAGGCGCUGCAGCCCCCCCUCAGCAGCCUCCUCCCCAUCACGGGCUGCGUCGUCUACGAGCUGUUCCAGCAGCUAGGUAUUCACAAUGUGGUGACGCUGUUCUGUGCUGCCAUGACGGAGCUCAAGAUCCUUCUCCACUCGCGAAGCUACAGCCGCCUGAACGACGCCUGCUCCGCACUCACGAGUCUCAUGUUCCCAUUUAAGUAUAGUCAUGUGUACAUACCCUUGCUUCCUGCGAGCCUGGUGGAGUUCCUGAGCACCCCCACUCCCUUCAUCAUGGGUGUCCACUCUUCCCUGCGGUCCGAAGUGGCAGAACUGCUGGACGUGCUAUUGGUAGACCUGGACGGCGGUUCGGUGUUUGUGCCGGAGUGCGUGACGGUCUCCAUGCUUCCCGAGCCCCUGCACUCCCAGCUGUACACCCAGCUUUGCAUGGUUCUGCGACCAGAACUGAUGUCGGCAGACGACGCAUUCCCGCCGACGCAAGCGGGCCUGUCGCAACCUGCCAUGCUGGACAAGGAGAUCCGGGCCAUCUUCCUGCGGACGUUCGCCCAGCUUUUCCAGGGGUACCGUUCCUGCCUGACCAUAGUGCGCAUUCAUCCGCGGCCCUUCAUCACCUUCCACAAGGCGGCCUUCCUGGGACAGCGGGGCUUCACGGAGAGCGAGUUUGUGGUGAAGCUCCUGGACUGCAUGUUCUUCAACACCUUCGUGGCCGAGCGGGGCCCUCCGUAUCGGGUGUGCGACGUCUUCGACGAGUUGUACGCCUCGAUGCACGACCUGGUCAAGAUGGAAGCGAGGGAUCCUGACCGGACUCUGCUCCACAUCCGGCAGCUCGCUCAGCAGCUCUACCUCAACGAGAAUCCGAAUCCGCAGCCGUACGUGGAGAAGAUCCCCAAGCCGACGGAAGGCGCCUUCACACGCAUCCACCAGCCCCAGUUUCCGAAACUGGACGGCGCGCUCGUCAAGUCCAUUGUGGAGACGGGACUCUCCCGGAACCACCUUGGGUCCAAGCUGUCCUCCCUGAGGCCUCAACUGCCGCGCAUCGUUCCGCCCGGUCCGUCGAUGGCCCAGGUUGCCAGCCAGGAUUCGGUCGUAAGCAACUCCGCACGCCGCCUCGAGGUGCUCUGCAACUGCAUCAACCACGUCUUCGACAACAAGAUCUCCGACGCCCGGAAGGCGAUGCCGGCCGUGUUGCGUGCCCUCAAGAGCAAGGCCGCGCGCCUGGCACUGACGCACGAGCUCCAGCACCACGUGACCGGCAACAAGGCGGUCCUGGAGCACCAGCAGUUCGACCUGGUGGUGCGCCUCAUGAACUGCGCCCUCCAGGACGACUCGGCUCUGGACGAGCACGGCGUUGCUGCGGGAAUCCUGCCCCUUUCGCACGCCUUCUGCAGGAAACUGUGCACGGGAGUGAUGCAGUUUGCAUACACCUGCAUCCAAGAUCACGUGGUCUGGGGCCAGCUGCAGUUCUGGGAGGCCGCCUUCUACCAGGACGUGCAGCGCGACAUCCGUUCCCUAUACUUGCCCCACACGGCCUCCCCGCAGCACGGCGGUCACCAGCCGAACCAUCAGCAGCCGAACAACGCGCCGGGGAAGCAGAAGACGCCGCCGCUCAGCCCCCGCGAGAGCAAAGAUUCCACAAGCAGCUGGUCAAGAAUAGACGCUCCCAAGUCCAACUUUGAUCUGUGCAAUCGGCGGCCAGCGAUCCUUUCCAAAGCCCCCGAGCCCAGUGCCCUGGAGAUAGCUGCGGAGCAGAUGCGCAUCCAGCAGAAUGGCUCGCUGUCCAAGGAGGAGCUGGAGGAGCUGGCCAGCCGAGAGGAGUCGACGGUGUACAGCCAGGCGAUCCACUUUGCCAACCGGAUGGCCGCCCUCAGGGUGCCCCUGGACGCCAGUCGGAGGGCUUCCCCCGACAUCAACGUGGAGGGCCGCUCAAACUCCAACAGCAUCGUCACCAACAGCAUGGCGGAGACGGACAGUGCGGACGGGGAGAGCGGCUUUGGGGAGGAGGACGCCUGGGAGGCGGUGGGUGCCGGGGUGGUGAAGUUUGUGGGCCGCUUUGUGGACAAGGUGUGCCACGAGAGCGGGGUGACGGAGGAGCACGUGCGGGCGCUGCACCAGAUGGUGCCGGGGGUGGUGGCCAUCCAGCAGGAGAUGCUCGAGGCGGUCCACCGGGAGAGCAAGCGCCUGCCGCCCAUCCCCAAGCCGAAGAUCCUGGUGCCCAGCCUGCUGCAGGGGGAGGAGCUUGCGAUGGAGGGGCUGAGGGCGUACCUGAUCCCGGACGGGCGGGAGGAGGGCACGGGGUCCAGCGCCCUGGGGGGCCCCUGCCUGCUGCCCGCCGAGGGGGCCGUCUUCCUCACCAACUACCGGGUCCUCUUCAAGGGCACCCCCCUGGACCCCUACGCCUGCGAGCAGACGGUGGUGCGUAGUUUCCCGGUUGCGACGCUGACCAAGGAGAAGAAGAUUGCGGUGCAGUACCUUCAGCAGCUGGAGCAGGUGCUGCCUGAGGGCCUGCAGCUGAGGUCCAACACCUUCCAGCUGAUGAGGGUGGCUUUCGAGGACGAGGUGACCUCGGAGAGCAUCGAGGUGUUCCGGAAGGGGCUGAAUCGGGCCCACUGCCCGCCCAACAUGUUCCAGCUGUUUGCAUUCAGCGGCCACAUGGCGGCCCCCCCCACCCCGCUGCACAAGAAGGAGAAGAACGCCACCCUCACGGGCAAGGCCAAGCGGCACAUCCUGAAGACGGCGAUGCGAGCGGGCUUCAAGCCGCGCCCGUCCUCCCGCAAGCAGAAGUAUGUGGUGCAGGGGCCGCCCAUGUCUGCCAGGACCCUCCCCGCGGGGGGCGCCGCCGGACGCCCCUUCGACCACGAGGGCCCCGACCGGCCCCUCACCUUCUUCGACGACGACGCCUCAGACGACGGGGAGAGCGUGGCGCCCCCGUCGGUGCUGCCCUCUGUGGCCCACCGGUCCCUGGAGAAGAUGGGGGACACGGUGUACAGCCGGGACUACCAGCGGCUGCACCUGGGCACCCUGGGCGCCAACACGGCGGCCGCCAGGGGGCGCCCCGAGGGCUUCCGCAUCAGCUCCGCCAACCGCUGCUACACCGUCUGUCCCAGCUAUCCGGCCCUGGUGGUAGUUCCGCAGAGCGUCCCCGACGACAGCAUUCGCAAGCUCUCCCGCUGUUACCGGCAUUCAAGGUUUCCGUCGGUCUGCUGGCGUCAUCCCGGAACCAAGGCCCUUCUAGUCCGAGCGAGUGGCUUUCACGGAAAGGGAGUCAUGGGCAUGCUGAAGGGGCACCCCACCACGUCUAGCACGGCGAGCGAGACGUCUGCGUCGAUCGAGCAGGAGAAGCUGGUGGCGGCCCUGGUGCGGGCCACGCCCCUCUCCCAGCUGGGCCGGGCAGGCAUUGGGGUGCACGACUCGUCCCUGAGCAUCAGCUCCCUGGUGCUGGAGGGGGCCCAGGACAACUUCCCCACCCUGACCCCCGAGGUGUCGAGGCGCACCCACAACCCCUUCCAGAAGGCCGUCAACAGCCUCCGCUCCUCGGGGGGCAAGGGCGGCAGGCAAAUUACCGAUUCCUUCCAAAUGUUCAUGAACAUAAAUCGGGGCCUGUUGCCAUCCCAAAAAAUGCGUUGGGGGAGCCUGAAGGAUCGGAGGCAGGGUUCCACGGGAAGUCUGGGCCCCGAGUUUGCCCUGAGGGGCUCACGGUACGGCGAGGCCAUGGAACCUCCCCACGACGGCGUCCACACCCUCCACAAGGUGGCACUCUAUGUCUUCGGGGAGAAGUCCCAGAUCAAGGGCAUGAAGGCGGAGUCGUACUCCAACUGCGACUUCAUCCCGGUGGAGUACUACGAGGUGCGGCAGGUGAAGGCGAGCUUCAAGAAGCUGAUGCGUGCCUGCUGCCCCAGCACUCCGCCCACCAACCCCGAGCUGAGCUUCUACAAGAUGGUCGAGGGCUCCGAGUGGCUCAACCAGCUCCAGUGCAUCUUGCAACUCUCCGGCGCUGCCGUCGACUUGAUCGACGUCCAGGGGUCUUCGGUCAUGCUGUGCCUGGAAGAUGGCUGGGAUUUCACGUGCCAGGUGGCGUCGGUGACCCAGCUGUGCCUGGACCCCUACUACCGAACCUAUGAGGGCUUCAGGGUGCUCAUCGAGAAGGAGUGGCUGGCAUUCGGUCACCGGUUCUCGUACCGGGGAAACCAGACGGCCGCCUCGGCCACCAGCGGCUUUGCACCCAUCUUCCUCCAGUUCCUCGACGUGGUGCAUCAGCUGCUGCGCCAGUUCCCGAUGUCCUUCGAGUUCAACGAGCUGUUCCUGCGCUUCCUGGCGUACCACCACGUGUCGUGCCGCUUCCGCACCUUCCUGCUGGACUCGGAGUGUGAGCGGGCCGAGUGGGGCUGGCUCCCGGCGCCCUCCAGCAGCUCGUCCUUCGUGGGCGGCAGCCUGCACCGCACGGGCAGGGCCGCGGCGGCCAUGCCCGGCACGGAGAGCGGCUCGGACGAGGAGUCGGCCGCUGCGCACGCGUCUUCCGCCCGGGCCUCCGCCGCCCCCUCCUUCUGGGAGUACGCGGACCGCCUGUGGUCCAAGUCGUCCGCCUUCUACAAUUUCUGGUACUCGGCCAACCUCGAGGACGAGGUGCUGCGUCCGUACUCGAACAUCUCGAACCUGCACAUCUGGGAGUACUACCUGGAGGAGACCCUGGAGCACGGGCCCCCGUACGAUCCGGAGCUGGUGUUCCUGGAGCGGGGCCAGAGGGGCCCAGACCCCAGGGGGGCCAGGGGCUCCCUGGUGCCGGGAGGGGCUCGCAAGAUCCUCUACCCGUGCUACGACGACGUCGGCGGACUCCAGGUGGACGUCUUCACGCAGCUGCUGGAGGCUCUGCACGACCAGGAGGCUGCCUUGGGCCACCUGCCCCAGAAGUGGCACGUCCUCUGGAACAAGCUGGACGUUCCCAUCGUAGACACUCUGGUGCGCCACUCGUCGUUCAACGUGGAGCUGGUGCGUUCGCACGGCCGCGCAGUGCACAAGCGGUCCACCAUUGAAUUCCUGGUGCGGGGCAAGAUGACGGGUGGCGCCCUGGAAGGGGGCGGGGCCCCGGGCGGCACCUGCGCCCCGCCCCCUCAGGUGUACCCGCACCGCUUCGACCGGUACAACUACACCACGCCCACGUACUGCGACUUCUGCUCCAGCAUCCUCUGGGGCCUCGUCAAAACGGGGAUGCACUGCGUGGACUGCGGCUACAACUGCCACGAGAAGUGCCUUCCGUCGGUCCCCAAGAACUGCACCAAGUACAAGUCGGUGGCUCCGGACCCCAGCUCGGUGGCCAUGGCCAAGGGCGCCAACGCCGACGGCGGCUCCAUCGGCUCCGGCAUGCACACGACAUACUACGACCAGUUCUCGUCGCACUGCCCGGAGAACCGCACCCACGAAGGCUAUCUGUUCAAGAGGGGGGCCCUGCUCAAGGGCUGGAAGCAGCGCUGGUUCGUCCUCGACUCCACAAAGCACCAGCUGCGGUACUACGAUGCGGUGGAGGAUUCCCACUGCAAGGGUCUGAUUGAUCUCUCGGAAGUGAUCUCCGUGAUGCCGGCCGUAGCCAUCCAGGGCGCUCCGAAAAGGGCGGACGAGAAGUCCUUCUUCGACGUGAAGACGAGCAAAAGGAUGUACAAUUUCAUGGCGGCCGACGCGUCUGCAGCCCAGGAGUGGAUAGAGAAGAUCCAGUCGUGCCUGCAGUGAGGAAGACUUUGCAGGGUUGUUUCAAGAGCGCCGUGCAAAGCCAACGCAGACUCCCGGGCUCAGCUCACGAGUGUUAGCGGGACGACGUUCCAAGAACAAAGCGUACGCGUGGCGUUGCCGAGAGGCAGUCUGCUCGCACCGCCCGUCCGCCUCGCACGAGCCAGACAGAUUUCUGUUUUUCUUUGUUUCCAUAGCUUGUAUGUGUGCAAGCAAGUGGGCCAAUUGCGACGCUUGUCAGUACUGCCAGACUGCGGCUGCCCCCUUUCCGCAUUAGCAACGACAUUCCAGUCUGCGGAAGCUUCGACCGCGGUUGCGAAUACUCCCCACGCGACGGGAAAGGGUGCCGCAUUGGAAAAAAACCCGAGACUUCCUUUCGAGCGUAGCAACACUUCUUUUGACGUUCGGCGAAAGCCCCUCCACGGUUCCAUCCCGCCUCCCCCUUUUCCGUCGAGUCGUGAGGAAAUGGAAAUACCGCGCAUCUUGACGUCCCCCCUCCCCUCUCCGGAGUUGUAAAUAUUCUGCUUGUCAUGCUGCCGAACAUAGGAUUUUCCAAUGCACAAGCUCGCGUGUUACGUAUAUGCAAAAAGUUUUGGUUAACGAUGUGUGACAUGUGAUACGUUUUUUUAUGUAUAUAGCGACGAUUGUGGCGGUUUUAGGAUGCGAGUGGUUUUAAGUGGGGCUCGAGGUCUCUGGCCGUCGACUACAGGAUCCAAGCGGAGAACUCGAGCCUCGUCUGUGCCCAAUAAAGUCUAUGCCUGUGCAA